AUGGCAACAGGUGAAACUCACCAUGAAGAGGUUCCCGAUCCUCCUGUGGUCGACCUGUCCCGCUGUCGUGUUUAUAACGAAGGUUUGAUCCACUGGCGUCUGUCUGAAGACUCUCUGCCCACCGAUCAUCAUAUCGUGGAGUUCAGGAAGCUCGGUGGCAAGGAGGAGGAGUCACAGUGGCGAUCGAUGGAGCGUGUGUACGGCUGCAGUACGGUGGUGUCUAAUCUCGACAGCGACUCGCGUUACACGUUCAGAGUGAAGAGCUGCCGAAACAACACGUUCAGUCCCUGCAGUCCUGAGGUGACCCUCAACACCCCGCCAGCAGCAGUGUUCAGCUUCCUGUUUAAUGAGAAGUGUGGAUUCAGCGCCGAGCGGCUGCAGCUCAGCAAACGGCGGGAUUCUGUGGAGAGCGUCGCAGGAAUGAGUUUCCUGUUGUCUGCCGAACGCGUCCACACGGGGAGUUACAUUUGUCUUGAUUACAUCAUUGGUGACACGGGCAUCUCACACGGCCGCCAUUACUGGGCGUUCCGCGUGGAGCCCAGUUCAUAUAUGGUGAAAGUGGGCGUGGCCUCUGACUCCAAACUGACUGAGUGGUUUCAUAAUCCACGAGAUACCAGCAGCCCCAGGUACGAUCAUGAUAGCGGUCAUGACAGCGGCAGUGAAGACGCUUGUUACGAGAUGUCACAGCCGUUCACACUCGUCACCGUCGGUAUGGGUCGACUCGUCAUCCCAAAAGCUUCCAUCACCGCCGCCGCAGGUGACCACGGCAACCGCGUCCUGCCCAUGCCGCAGAGAAUCGGAGUGUGCCUGGACUAUGAUGCGGGUCGAGUGUUCUUCUAUGACGGCGACACCAUGCGCUGCCUGUACGAGCGGCAGGUGGAGUGUUCCGGUACCAUGUUCCCAGCAUUUGCACUGUUGGGCGGCGGGGCGGUUCACCUGGAAGAAUUCAUCACGGCCAAACGACUGUCAUACAUGUGAGACAGUUUAUUGAUGUGUGAUUGUCUGGUUCUCUCUCUCGUCCCUGAAUAACAGCAGAUGAUUGGUCGGAUCGGCCCAUGAUGUGCCGCUAUCUGAAUCUGGUUAAAGAGGCAAGUGUUCGAUCUUUAGUGCCUUUAAUGACAUCAGCUGAACAUCAGGUUUACCAGCACGCACGAGCGCAGAACACGCUAUCACACCGUAAUGAAACACUUUCUGAAUCAUGUGCACUAAUACUGUUCUCAUCGUUUACAAGAAUGACAUAAUCAUGCAAGAUUUCACUACUGAACACAAUCAUUUGUGCACUAAUAUUUAAUAUUUAAUAGCUUUAGCACCUGCAACACUAAAAAAACGCUUCAAAACAAGAAAAAUACAAUCAAGUACAAAGGGCUUCUGUCCCGGGACAUUUCUGUAAAUGAUUGUGUGCUCUUGAGUUUUAUAAUCUGCACAAUAUUCAUUUUCUCCACAUUAAAAAUAUUUCUUGAAUCACUUUGAAGUGAAAUGUAGCCUGUGAAGUGCCACUCAAUCGCAAUGAAAAUAUGAUUUCUAUGAGGCGCACCGGAACACCUUAAAUAUAAAUAUGCACCGUCAUUGACACGGCAUGUUACUGGAACACUAAUAUGGCCUUAUUGAUUAAUGGCAGGCUUGUUGCUUGAUUAACCAGAUAAAUCGCUAGAAAGGGACUUGAUUUUUUUGGGUGAUUCUGUGGGUUUGAAGCUUCCUACCUCUUAUUUUAGUCUCAGCAAACGUGUAAUAUUUGGCGUAAUUGUACGAGUAUGGUUUCCAUGCUUUAGAGGAGGUGGCAUCGAUUGUGAUCGUCUGAUUCAGAAAAGACUUUUCAGACUUUUGGUUUUAGCAUUUUAGGGACAUUAUACUACCUGACGAGUGUGUAUUGUUGACUAUUUACCUCUUAAAACCUCGUGAUUUUACUAAUAAAUUAAGCGAAGUAACCGGAUAAAAGGAAACUGAAAAAAUACAUGGUCACUGGUUUUUAUUUGUCUCAUGAAUUCUUAUUCAAUUAAGUUUUACAUGUUUGUGAUUUUAACACCUGUUCAUAUAUUAUAUCAGUGGUGUUUCCAAAAAUACUGUGUGUGUAUCUGAAGUUUAGAAGUUCCACCAAUUCUCCAUUAUUUUGUCAAAUUACAGGUUAAUUUGCACUUUAUGGUCACUAUUAGAUCAGUGUGUUCAUGUCACCGAAUGUUUUUGUUUCUUGUAAAUGUUAAAGCGGUUCUUCAGUGGAUUUUUGUGGAUUGUAAUGUGUUACUGAGCUAAAGCAGUCGGAUCUUUGCGACAUACAGAUAAAUAACACAUGAGCUGUCAAGCACUUUAAGCAUGUCAGCAGGUGCAAUAUCAUGUAGACAGGUGGCGCUGCAAGUGUGAUGCUUUAAUGGAAAUAACCAGCUGUGUGUCACCUGUGUGUGUGUAAAUAUAUAUAUAUAUAUGCUUUGAUUUUCAAUGUACUAUGUGACUGUCUGUAUUAUAAUAAAUGAAUGUCAUUUCAGCUGUAUCUUACAUGUUUAUUUUCCUUCAAACAUUUUGAAUUUGUAUAAAUAUAGCUGAAAUAAAAAACA